UCGUAUUUAGACGUUCAAGCUCCUGAAAUGUGUGACAUCGAGAAUCUGGAACAGCAUUCGAAUUGACUUUACAUCUAUAGUCAACACAAACACUGAUUGUAUCGAUGGUGGAGCGCAAUAUCAGUCUCCUCAGCCUUGAUGGCGGGGGAGUUAGGAGCCUCUCUUCACUUUACAUUCUCAAACACAUCAUGGAAUCUAUUGAUGGCGAGAAUACGCCGCGGCCAUGCGACUAUUUUGAUCUCAUCGGAGGUUCGGGCUCGGGCGGAUUGAUCGCGAUAAUGCUAGGUCGCCUGAAGAUGGACAUUGACCAGUGUAUCAAUGCCUACCGUCGACUCCUGAAAUUUGUCUUCGCGCGCAAAAGACAUAUCCCUUUCACAAGCAACCUGUGCAGGCAGUCGAAAUACGAUGGACGAAGGGUGGAAUCGGCGAUGAAAGCAAUUCUUCACGAGCUUGGGUAUGAGGACGAUGUGCUUCUGAGGGACAUUGAUACUUCGUGCAGAGUCUUUGCCUGCGUUACAGACGACGGAUCCAAACGAAACUCUGCCCCCUUGACGAGCUACCCCAGCAAAUAUUGCUCCAACGAGCUGUUCAAGACCGCGAAGGUGUGGCAAGCAGGGAAAGCGAGUAUGUCCACACCACCACUGUUCGACCCCGUUCCGAUCGGGCCCAGCGGACGACAGUUCUACAACAGUACCACCGAAGCGAAUAACCCGGUGCGGGAGGUCUGGAUAGAAGCCAGAGGAAUCUGGCCUUCAGGAUCGUUGGACAGCCAGAUCCAAUGUCUGAUAUCGAUUGGAACCGGCGUACCGUCGAUCAAACGGCUCAAUAAGUCGAUGUUCGGCUUGAUAAAGACGAUGCCCAAGGACUAUGUCGAUACGGAAAGGGACAUGAAUAAGUUCAUCAGGGAGCAUACCGAGCUGGAUGAUGCAAGCCGCCUAUUUCGCUUCGAUGUGCCAAACGGACUGGCGGAGAUAGGUCUCGAUGGUGCUGAUGAGCUUGAUACGAUUAUUGAUGCCACCCAAGAUUACCUCGCCAAGGAGCUCGUUUACAAGCAGAUUCAGCGGUGCGGAAUUGCCCUUGGCGGCUUUCGGUAGACCGACUGCCUGGUAUCUGUUUGCCGGCCAAUCCAUGCUUGGGCUAGGAUGGUUUAGAGCGCGAGAUAGCCACUCUGAGUACCCGGUGGUAGCGAGCCUUCGACCAGGAAGCUCAGUAACUGAGAAGUUCUUGUAGAAUCCCUUCGUGAAGUGCACUGGGCCUCUGAAAACAUGUGAUCUUCGGAAGGAAACAGGCUGCCCCCGGUCAGACGCUUCUAUAGAUUGUUGUGGAUCUUGUUUUUCCAUCAUGAAUUGUGCAACAGCGAUGCCUGCACAUUCGUGAUAUCUGAAUUCAUGUCUGUUAUGAAGGAAGUAACCAUCAAGACAGUCUAGAUCACUGUUUGGCGAAGCUGUCUCACGUGACAGGCGAUCCUUGUCACCUUAUCCAGCUCCCUUUCUUGCACCAUCCCGUCACCCUGAUUGAUGCAGGUUUGAUCGCCCACAU